AUGGCCGACCCGCGCAUUGCGUUCAAGGCUGGCCGGUGCUUCCGGCGCGAGAACACCAACUUUGUCGACGUGGAGCCGACGAAGGGCGCGAUCAUACUGCAGAAUGGCGAAGACGGCUUGCUGCAUUUCAUGUGGAAGGACAGGUCGACGAAUGAUAUCGAGGAGGACUUGAUUCUGUUCCCUGGCGAAGCGACGCUGGUAAAGGUGGACCAGUCAGCAUGGGGGCGGACGUAUGUCCUCAAAUUCUCGUCCUCGAACCAAAGACAUUUUUCACAGCUAAAUACAGCGCAGUGCCAUGACCUGACAUCGGAACAGGACGCAGACUCGAGCAGAGAUGCCGAGUUCGUGAGCAACGUCAAUCGACUCUUGACUGACCCUCAGAUGGUCCCAAUUUGGUCCGCACCGGGUGCGAGCUCUGAGCCGCAAGCAUCGACAUCCUCCGCCCCUGCCGCGGGCUCGUCACAAGCUGCUUCGACAUCGCAGGCUACUUCUGGUGCACAGGCGACACCGGAGCAACUGGCGCAGAUGCAGCAGAUCCUCGCAUCCUUCGCCGCACAAGGCGCGCAACAACAACAGCCAGGUUCAACUCUCCCUUGUAGACAUCCUGACCCCGCCAAUCUCACUCCGCUCUUUAGCUCCCACCCCGAGCUCGUCCAGGCGCUCUUCCCGUACCUGCCACCCGACCUGCCGACGCCGCCGAACGAGGAGACGCUGCGGCAGAUCAUAGCGUCGCCGCAGUUCCGGGGUGCUGUGCGGAGCUUCGACCAGGCGCUGAGGACGGGCUUGCUCGGUGGGCUCGUGAGGGGGCUAGGUCUGCCGGAGGAGGCGGGAACUGGGGUUGAGGCGUUCUUGAAUGCGAUUCAGGAGCAAGCGAGACAGGAGGAUGGUGGUGACCGGAUGGAUACGGAUUAAGGGCUGCGUUGGUUGUUAGUAUGUAUUGCUUCUAUGAGACGUCUCAUCGAAUGGGGAGUCAUGAGGGUUACGUGAGCGGGUCGUGAGUGAGAGUAAGUCAUGAUGUUGUACACCCGUAUGUGAGAUACAAUGUCCCUCUGGCGCACUACUAUACAAGAUAGGAUCAAUGGCUGCGCCCCGCUAGCCAUUGUAGAACAAUAUCUCUAUGGCUGAUAUUAGCAAACGGCGGAGCAGAUGACAACAGGACUCACAGGUUGUGCUGGCUUUUCAUCG